AUUUCAGAUUUUCAGUUUUUGAGUUGAGUUUGACACAAAAUGACGACUUGACAUAUGUACGCCUAGCUAGAAUUAAUUAAAGAAAAAAACUUCGUGACGCCAUACGAUAAAGUGCUUAGCAUCUUAAUUACUUCAGUUAGCAUGGCAAGUCAACAUGUCUGUCUGAAAAGUAUCAAUCAGAUGAAUGGCCCAUGGGCGGGACGGUUUUUUUAGAAAAAAACAUGGGCUGAGCUGGGCCGAGGUUGAUAGUCUAUGGGCUGGUUUUUAUUGGCCCAACCCGACCCAUUGAGACCUCUGAUUCAUUAUCAUAAAAGUUAACAAAAUUCUCUCUUUAUAUUUUCAUUUGUUGUUCGUCAAAGAGAUAUACUUGUUCAUUAUAUAUUAUUUUUAAGUAUAAAAGACCUCUUUUCUUUCCCGACCGAAAACCAUUAAUAUGUAACUAUAAAAAAUCGAAAAAACAUGAAACAUUUUUACUGAAAAACAUCACAAUUUACACAUUACUUUGUAGUUUUUGGAAAAUAAGUUUUUCAUAACAAAAAAUUGAGACUUGCGAUUAUGGUGUUUUAAAAGUUGUUGGCACUACCAAACAUACUAUGACUGAGGAAAGGAUGGGAGGCGAAUUUUUGCCCUUGAGACUGCAAACUCUCCAACAAGAAAGUGUCUGUAAAUUUACAGUCUAUGACAACUUUCCCUCUAAUGAUCGAGAUUCUCUGCCUUAAAACUUUCAAAAAUUUUCUAACAAGCUAUUAUCUCGCAUGAAGAAAAAUAAUUCAACCCGAUCGGAAGAAGUAAAACCAAGGUCGUAAGCAAAUUCGAUGAAUUUUGAAAAUCGCUUCAAAAACUUUUGAAGGCCUACUUUUAAAAAUGUAUAUUAUUUGAAUCUUGAUUUUUCUAGGCUGAAAUCUCGGAUUGUACUGGUUCUCAAUGGAUAAGUGCAUUUCGUAAUGAAGCUGAAGCAUUACUUGGUAUUACUGCUGAUGAAUUUGGUAAUCAUAAACUUAAUCAAAAUGAAAAUAUUAUCGAUGAUAUUUUUCAAAAAGUAAUGAAUCGUGAACGAAAUUUUAAACUUCGUGCUAAAGCUGACCAAUAUAAUGAUGAACGAAGAAUUCGAUUUACUUGUAUGCGUAUUAGUGAUAUUGAUUGGAUAUCGCAUGGACGACGAUUAAUUAAUGAAAUCAAUCAAAUGGGGCCUAUGCAACAUUGA